UCAUGAAUAACGGGCUGGUCGCCAGCCGGUCCUAUUAUAAUAUGGCCCUCGAGGCCCUCUGCUGGCCUUACCGCCCAGAGGAACAAUGUCAACGACGACUCUUCUAGGAGUCACACUGUUUCGCGCCGGAAACUCAUCUGGGAUCUACGUUCUACCCCUGAGGGGACAGCGCCGGGGAAGGAGGGGAAAACGGAAAUAUGACGAGCAUACGAGACUUGCUGUCCCCGACGAGUCAGGCAAGCCCCGAGCGUGUGGAGCCGAGAGGACGCGACGGCGGCGCGACUGAGGAAGCUGGGGAAGCGGGCGAGACGACGGCAACGGCGGCGCGCACGACCUACUUCGUGGUCGAAUUCAUCCUCGACCUCGUCUGCCCGUACUGCUAUCUGGGCCUGAAGAGCCUCGACGCGGCCAUCGAGACCUACCGCGCGCGGCACCCGGCCGCCGUCUUCGAGGUGACGUGCUCGCCGUUCCUGCUGGACCCCCAGGCCGCGCGGAGUGCGUACGACAAGGCGACGUACCUGGCGCGCGGGCGCGUGCACACGGCGGCGCAGCUCGCGGCGCUGGGGCGCGGGGCGGGGAUCGCGUUCGCGUGGGCGGGGCGGACGGGGAGCACGCGCGACGCGCACAAGGUGCUGCGGCUGGCGCUGGAGGGGGGCUCGGGGGGCUCGGGGGCGCCGUCGACGGCGCGCAGCACGGCGUUCGCGGGGCGGGGGCGCGGCGGGGGCGCGGAGGCGCCGGGCCGCGGCCCCGCGCUGCAGCUGCGGCUGCUGCGCGCGCUGCUCCGCGCGCACCACGAGCUCGGCGCCGACAUCUCCGCACGCGAGUGGCUCGUCGGCGCCGCGGCCGCCGCGGCCCCCGGGAUCCCGCCCGCCGAGGUGCGGCGCGUCGUGUACGGGGAACACGCGGCCGCAGGCCAGCGCGAAGACCAGCCGCCCGACGAGUGGGACCGCGCGCUCGACGGCCUGUGCGCCGACGUCCGCGCCCGCCGCUGCAGCACCGCCGGCGCCGACGCCGAGCCCGCUAUCCGCGCCGUCCCCACGCUCGUCGUCAACGAGCGCUACGUGAUUGGCGGUUGGCAGACGGCGGACCGCCUGGUUUUCGUGCCGAAAACCUAG